GUCGCGGCCACCCACCUCCUUCACCCCGUCCGCCGUCCUCGUUCUGCCCACUACCCCCUUGACCUUCGCGCCCGUAGUUCCCGACGACAUCCUUCACGAUCAGACAAAAUGGCGACAGCUAACUCCAAGGGCUGGUUCAACCUAGAAGCCGCGGGCGGCGUCAUUCCUGAUACGCAGUUCUUCGAGGGCGACUCGGCAUUCAGCUUCCUCGGGCUGACGAGGACGCAGCGGUUGUAUGGGUUUAUUGGAUGCCUUGCUAUCGGCUUCGUCCUGAGUUUGCUCGGGAGCAUCUUCCUGUUCCUGGGCUCGCUCACGAGCUUCGCCCUCCUGUAUGCGCUUGGUACAAUUAUUGCUUUGAUUGGAACCGGCUUCCUCAUUGGGUUCUUCAAGCAAGUCAAAAUGAUGUUCAAGCCAGUACGAGUAGUCGCGACCAUCAUCUUCCUCGCCUCCAUAGGCCUCAUCUUCGUUGGCGCGUUUGUCAUCCGCAGCGACAUCCUCUGCAUCAUCUUCGUGAUCAUCGAGUACCUUGCCUACACAUGGUACACGCUCUCCUACAUCCCCUACGCACGAACAGCCAUCCUGAAGGUAUUCGGGCUCUGACGUGGUCCCUUGCGCAAUCCUCUCACCCGUGCGGGCUACUACCUGGCCUUAGCACGGCAUCCGACCAAGUGUUCACCUCCGCUAUGCCCUUUCUUCUCUUGACUUGUCGUGUCCGCGGGCUACCCUGGAUGUACCUAUCUAAUACCUCACGAAUGCACAGAACUUGUAAGACUAUAAUAUGCAUCUGCACCUUCAAGCC